AUUCAUUUGGAGAGAUUAAUAAAAAUCGCUUCUUUGAAAUCCUGUGAGUUUAGUACAAGCUACGAAUCUUGGAGCUAAAAACAGGUGUACAUAGAAAGGUAACAUUACUAACAAUGGCUGCAAUCACUUCUGUGCCACGUAACAGUAAUUUGUACUGGUAUAAAGGAUUCUGUUUCUUGAAGGAAAUGAUGUCACCAGAGUUUAUAGACUCCCUACAGGAUUUUAAAAUAAGAGAUGAUGAUGUUUUCUUGAUUACAUAUCCAAAAUCAGGAACCAUCUGGUCUCAGCAAAUAUUAAGCUUAAUAUGCAGCGAAGGGCAUCGAAAUGGUACUGAAAAGAUUGAAACUACUGAAAGAGUGCCAUGGCUUGAGUUCCGAGCACUAAAUCCGGAUGUAGAUUACAACAGUUGUCCUUCACCUCGUCUGUUUGGAUCCCAUUUGUCAGAAACGUUUAUUCCCCGAGGACUGAAAAAUACAAAGGCAAAGGUUAUCUACUUAAUGAGGAAUCCAAAAGAUGUGAUGAACUCAUUUUAUCGUUUUGAGGACAUUGCUGUUUUAUCAGAAAAGUCACAAGAUUUCCAUAAUUUUUUUGAGAAAUUUUUGGAUGGAGAGGUUUUUGCAGGCAAAUGGUUUGAUCACAUUCGAGGAUGGUACACUCAUAAGGAUGAAUACAAUAUCCUUUUCUUAAAAUAUGAAGACAUGAUAAAGGACCUUCGGUCUGUUGUCAAGCAAAUCUCCGAAUUUUUAGGAAUAAAAUUAGAUGAUGAGUCAAUGGAUAUUGUGGUAAAAAAAGCAUCGUUCGAAGAGAUGAAAAAGGAUCCUCUCGCAAAUAAAGAAACUAUGCCUGAGAAUAUUAUAGACAAAAAGUGUGGGUCAUUUAUGCGUAAAGGCCAAGUUGGAGACUGGAAAAACGUAAUGACUGUGGCAGAGAGUGAAACAUUUGACAAACUAUUCCAUGAGAAAAUGGGAGAUUUAUCAUUACAUUUUACCUGGGAAGUCUCUAAAUGAACAAGAAUAGCCCUCAGUUUUCUCUAUUUUGUCUUUCGAAUCUCAAGCCAUGACAAAAGUACAAAUGCAUUUAGCUUGAUUUAAAGCUAGAUGUAAACAUAAAUAAUGUGUAUCUAGUAGUCUUUAAAAAUAAAAUGAAUACAUCAGUAA